AUGGGCAAGAAAAAGGUUCUCGUCUGUUACGGUGUGGAUAUCGAUGCCGUCGCCGGCUGGCUAGGCUCAUACGGGGGUGAAGACAGCACUAACGACAUUAGUCGAGGCAUCUGGGCGGGAACUAUCGGCACACGGCGUCUUCUUUCUCUAUUUGAGAAAUACAACAUCAAAGCCUCAUGGUUCAUUCCGGGCCACACCCUGGAGACGUUUCCAGAGGAGUGCGCCAUGGUCCGCGAUGCCGGUCAUGAAAUUGGUCUCCAUGGCUACAGCCACGAAAACCCUGUUGAUAUGACGUUUGAGCAACAACGAGAUGUCCUGGACAAAACAUGGAAGAUGCUAACAGACUUCUGUGGCGGAAAGCCACCAAAAGGUAGCGUUGCGCCUUGGUGGGAAACUAGUGAGGAGGGUACCGAGCUCCUUUUGAGUUAUGGUAUCGAGUAUGAUCACUCCAUGUCACACCAUGAUUAUCAAGCCUACUGGCUGCGGACUGGUGACGCCUGGACCAAGAUUGACUACACCAAAACGGCCGAAGAAUGGAUGAAGCCUCUUGUACGAGGAAAAGAGACUGGCCUCGUUGAGAUUUUUGGUUCCUGGGAUCGCGAUGAUCUACCUCCAAUGCAAUUCAUCAAGAACUCUGCCAACUCUCACGGCUGGGUGAAUCCAAGGGAUAUUGAGGCUGUCUGGAAAGAUCAGUUUGAUUACCUUUACAGAGAACACGAUGAAUUCAUUUUCCCAAUGACCAUUCACCCAGACGUUUCAGGAAAACCUCAUGUUAUUCUCAUGCACGAACGCAUAAUCGAGUACAUUAACAAGCAUGAGGGUGUUGAGUGGGUCACCAUGGGGGAGAUCAGUGAUGAUUUCAAGUCAAAUAACGCUGUUCCAGAAGGUGCAAGGUUGCCGGCUAGCAAGGAAGAGGUCAUGAAGAAAUACGAGGAAUGGAAGAAGUCACAGGCAUAG